UGAAGCUGCUCAGCGAGUACCGCAGCGCCGAGUCCAGCACGGACCUUGUGGAGUGGGAAGAUGGGCCCUCUUCCCCCUUGGACAGUCCGUUUGAGGAGAUGGAGGGUUCCGGUGGGGGUCCCCCAGGGAUGUUCAUCGUGGGGAGCCAAACCAACCUGGCCGGCCUGGCCGGCUGCCGGGCCUCUUUCCCAGAGCGGAUCCUGGAGGACUCCGGAGUUGAGGAGCAGCAGGAGUUCCGCUCCCGGUGCAGCAGCGCCACAGGCCUCCACAGGAGAGCUCAUGAGAGCAGCUCCAGGACCUCGUCGCGAAGGCGCCACGCGAGUGCCCCGAGCCACGUUCAGCCCUCGGACUCUGAAAAGAACCGGACAAUGUUGUUUCAGGUUGGUCGGUUUGAAAUUAACCUCAUCAGUCCAGAUACUAAAUCAGUUGUGUUGGAGAAGAACUUCAAAGACAUCUCCUCAUGUUCUCAGGGCAUAAAACACAUUGAUCAUUUUGGUUUUAUUUGUCGGGAAUCCACUGAGCCUGGAAUAAAUCAGUAUGCUUGCUAUGUGUUCCAGUGUGCAAGUGAAUCUCUGGUGGACGAGGUGAUGCUGACUCUGAAGCAAGCCUUUAGCACGGCUGCAGCCCUGCAGAGCGCCAAGACCCAGGUCAAGCUAUGUGAGGCCUGCCCAAUGCACGCCCUGCACAAGCUGUGUGAAAGGAUCGAAGGUCUUUAUCCACCAAGAGCCAAACUUGUAAUCCAGAGACACCUGUCCUCUCUCAGCGACAACGAACAGGCUGAUAUCUUUGAGCGCGUUCAGAAAAUGAAGCCGAUCAGUGACCAGGAAGAAAACGAGCUGUUGAUUUUCCACCUGCGCCGCUUGUGCGAGGCGAAGCAAAAGACGCAUGUCCAUGUUGACGAGGCCCCGGUGCAGAACGCGUCUAACAGUACAAUUCCAGAGAACACCACCAGCAGUGGAAGGUUCACACUUGAUAUCCUGAAAAACAAGGCCAAGAAAUCUUUAACCAGCUCUCUCGAGAACAUCUUCUCAAGGGGGGCUAGCCGAACGCGUGGCCGUCUGGGGAGCACGGAUAGCUUUGAAAGGUGCAACCAUCUCACUUCUGACAAAGAGUGCUCCUCUGGAGACUCUCCGCCCUCCACCCCUCCAGCUUCUCCCGUCGCCUUGGCCGGGCACCCCUUCCCCGAAGAGGAUUCCGACUCACCCCAGUUCAGAAGACGCGCCCAUACCUUUAGCCACCCGCCCUCCGCCUCCAAGAAGAGGAUCACUUUCCAGGAUGGACGGUCCCAGAGCGCCAGGUCGCCUCUCUUGAGGCAGAGCUCCGUCGAGCAGAGCAGCGAUGUGGAGAAGAGGAAGAGGACUUCCUCCGUGUGCAGCAGCGAUUCCGUAAAGGCUGGCGGGCUCGCCCUGGCCCCCCGUCGGAUCUCCUGGCGGCAGAGGAUCUUCCUGAGGGUGGCAUCGCCCGUGAAGAAAUCCCCGUCAGCAAUGCAACUGCAAGAUGGGUGCGAUGGAAACGAAUUGUUGCCGUUGUCCCCGCUUCCGCCGUCGUUUGACGAAGCUCCCCUGGUUUCCAUGUUGCAAAAUGAGGAUGCCCAAGAUAAGGCUGGAGAGAAGAAGAACUCGGAGGAGCUGCAGAGCCUGUGGAGAAAAGCGAUCCAUCAGCAAAUCCUGCUCCUCCGGAUGGAGAAGGAGAACCAGAAGCUGGAAGCAAGCAGAGAUGAGCUUCAAUCCAGAAAAAUUAAGCUGGACUAUGAGGAAGUUGGAACCUGUCAGAAAGAUGUUAUUAAUAUCUGGGACAAGAAACUGUUGAACUGCAGAGCCAAAAUCAGAUGUGAUGUGGAAGAUAUUCAUACUACCCUGAAAGAUGGCGUCCCCAAAAGCCGCCGGGGAGAAAUCUGGCAGUUUCUGGCCGUGCAGCACCGUGUCCGACACCGGCUCCCGAAUAAGCAGCAGCCUCCCGACAUCUCCUACAAAGACCUCCUGAAGCAGCUGACCGCGCAGCAGCACGCCAUCCUGGUGGACCUGGGAAGGACCUUCCCCACCCAUCCUUACUUUUCGGCUCAGCUGGGCGCAGGGCAGCUCUCGCUCUUCAACCUGCUGAAGGCGUACUCCUUGCUGGACAAGGAGGUGGGGUACUGCCAAGGCAUCAGCUUUGUGGCCGGCGUGCUGCUGCUCCACAUGAGCGAAGAGCAAGCCUUCGAGAUGCUAAAGUUCCUCAUGUAUGACCUCGGGUUCCGGAAACAGUACAGACCUGACAUGAUGUCCUUGCAGAUCCAGAUGUACCAGCUGUCAAGGCUGCUUCAUGACUAUCACCGGGACCUUUACCACCAUCUUGAAGAAAACGAAAUCAGCCCAAGUCUUUACGCUGCACCCUGGUUUCUCACUUUAUUUGCCUCACAGUUUCCCCUGGGAUUUGUAGCCAGAAUCUUUGAUAUUAUUUUCCUUCAAGGUACAGAAGUAAUAUUUAAGAUAGCACUAUGUCUGCUUAGCACCCAGGAGGAACGCAUCAUGUUGUGUGAGACAUUUGAAAGCAUUGUUGAGUUUCUUAAGAACACUCUUCCAGACAUGACAAGGCCCCAGAUGGAGAAGAUUAUGUCCCAGGUAUUUGAGAUGGAUAUUUCCAAACAGCUUCACGCGUAUGAGGUGGAGUACCACGUUCUGCAGGAUGAAUUGCAGGAGAACUUGAGCCCGUGUGAUGAGAUUGAGGCUUCAGAGAAACUUGAAAGGGCCAACAGUCAGCUGAAGAGACAGAAUAUGGAUCUCUUGGAGAAACUGCAGGUGGCUCACGCCAAGAUCCAAGCCGCGGAGUCCCACUUGGAAGAGGCCCUGCGGAGGGAGAGCCAGAUGAUGGCUCUCAUUCAGUCCCUGGAAGAAGAAAAGGCCCUGUGUCAGAAGGCCGUGGAGAAGGUCUGCGGCUACCUGUCCCAGGAAGACCUCUCUGACUGCCAGCAGCUGCUGAAGGAAGUGAACUGCCUCCCGAGCAAAUCCUAGAGAUCAGCCACAGACGAGGGAGUCUCCGGCAGCGCGGUUUCUGCUCGCAGACGGAAGGGAGGGAGGAAACGAGCCGCUGCUGUGAACAGUAUCCGCGCCGUCCCGGGAUCCUGCAAGCGGCAGUGGGAGCAGAGAGGCCUUUUUCAACCUCAGUAUGCAAACCCCGGGUUAAUUUCUUUUUUAUAAUACAUGUACAUAAUUUGCAAUGCACGAAACAAAAGUCGGAAUCUCAUGAAGGAGAUCAGAUGUAUAUUUAGGAUUGAUCUAAAGGGGAGAUUGGUGAAAUUUGAGACCGCUUGUAACUUAAAUGUUAUGGACCAUACUUUCCCUUAGUAAGGAAGGUAUUGGGUCUUUUCUAUACAUUGAUCAAUACUUGAAAAAAAAAAAAAGCAAGAAUGUAUUUUCCCACCUCCAAAGAGCAGCACUUCCCGACUUAACGGGUGUGUGUAUGUCGUGCAUGUGUGCUUCACAUGGGGGGGGUUCGUUUCUAAAGUCUCACAGGGAUGAUCGCUGGGACGUGCCUGUGGUUAGCCCAGCUGGCCGUUGGAGGGAGCAGGCGCGGGCUCUCCUCCUCUCCCACUGGGGCAGCUGGCGGGGCCCGGCGCUGUCCUGCCUGGGUAAAAGUGACCGGCCUUCCCUGCCCAGCUCCGCUUCCCAAACCCAGAAGAGCAAGGAACAUAAGGAACUCCUUCAUCCCCCCUUCCCUGUGCACUUUUCUGGGAGACGAAGAGCAGAGAGCAGCUGGGUGGUUUAAGUGUUGCUGGAGCUGGAGCCUGUCAGAAAGCAGGUGGGACUCGCCAAGCAAACGCUUCUCCUGGGAAAAGACGUCUGAAACUCCUGGGAUAAAGUCAUUUCUCUGGCCUGCAGGAAUUACUUUGUCUGAGGGAAUCCGCAGUGUUGACCGCUGUCCUUACCUUAGCGCCUUAGAGCAUCUUCUGGAGUCCUCCAGCUGUAAUUGUCCCAAGAUGACAGUCGGGAGGACAGGCCGCAUUGCUUCGGCGGUGGCUCAGAGAUGCUGUGAAGGCGCUAACAAGUCAUGAGGGUUGGGGGGAAAUGGCUGCAAUUUAAACACAACAGAUGGAAUAGGCUUCAGCUGAACGCUGGGUCCUGCAGCUUGAUUUCACUCCGGGUGUCCAGCUUUUUUCCACUGAAUGUUAGGAUUUCUUCAGUAUGCAGGAUCCCAUAAAGCUUCACGGUUGCACCUGCAACAGGUGAACGUAUAAGGCUGUAGCAGAGUUAACUCUAAGGGGAGUGGUUGGCCCUGUGUGGUAGCGGGCCCAUUUCGGCUUAACGUGUCUAUCCUUUUUUUUUAAAGAAGCGUUGAAAGCCAGCGAUCCGGCUUCUUGCAUAUCCAGCAGCUUCUGGAUGAUUUUUAUUGUUAUUGUUAUUGUUAUUAUUAUUUUUCACUGCUCUGCCUGUUUCUUAAGUAUGUUUGUUUUUGGAAGCUACUUCUGCCAUACAGACCAGCAUUGGAUCUAUCAAAAUUAUCUGAAGUCAGCAUUGGAUCUAUCAAAAUUCUGAAAAUGGCAAUCAGCCAACUCAAGAAAUACACUUUGGAACAUGCUUGAAUUGUCGCCCCAUCGUUGGGAAUGAUUUGUUGCAUUUCCCCAGCUGCUUUUCCUAAAAUACUAAGCCAAGUGCCAAAUUCAGCCGAGUGUCUUACUUGUACAGGAUACAUGUGUGGGUGAGGAAGGUGAAAGUGCUUCCACCGUGACGUGUGUCACACACACGGCAAGCAAAACAAGGGACAACCAAGCUGACAUUCUUUUUCACUGCGGCAGUGUAAGUCCAGCCUGCCUCCCUGUUGGGUUUCGAGAUCAUGUAAUUCACACCGUCUCCCUGGGCACAAUCCCAAAGGAAAAGCAAAUACAUGACAAGACACCGUACUAAUUUCAGCUUUGCAAGAGAGGUUUCCAAAAGAUGGUGUCUGGAGUUUAUUUUCUUGCCUUUGCUGCCUCUUAUCAAAUCACAGAAUCACACGAAACUGGUGAAGUUGCAGAAACAUUGCACUUUUAUCAGUUGGAGGAAAAAUGCAUUCUGUUUCUUUGCAAAUUCAUUUGAGGCCAUCUUGCACACGCAGAACUAGUCUCAGAGAAUCACGGAACUGUGUUGCAAUGAUCCGAAUUAUUAAGGCACGCAAAAAAUCACAGAAAGUUUCACCCUAUGUUAGUUUUACUGACUCGUUCAUGUUGUCAUGUGGAAAAUUUCCAAUAAAUGCCAUUGCUGCGUU